GCCGCCGCCGGCGCCGACCGAGCCGAGCCGCGCCAUCGACCUGUCGGUAGGCGCGCACCCCAUCAGCUGCUUCCCGUCGCUGGCGCCGCCGGCGCACGCGCGCCACUCGGUCAUCACGCACACGCCGACCGUACCGAAGAAGCGGCCCUUCUACCGCCGCGACCUGGUCAGUGCGCGUGUCCACAUCGACUCGCCGCCGCCGAAGAAGAGGCCGAUGAACCUCCGCGUGCCGCGCAAUGGCCUGGCGCCGAUGCAGACGCCACUAGGGUCGGGCAACAAUCCGCUCUCACCGACGCCCGGGUCGCCCUAUCGCUCCGGCGGCGGCGGGGGAGGGGGCGGGGGCGGCGGCGGCGGCGGCGGCGGUCCAGGCGAGCAGGGCUCGCCGGGUAACAACAUGAACAAUCGCAACUCCAACGGCAGCGGUAUGCACUUCAACACGGGCGGCGGCGGCUUCAAUGUGGGCCUGCUAGGCUGCAAGACGGAGCAACCGGAUGACACGUACGAGAGCGGCCGCCACUCACCGAAGCAGUACCAGACGCUGCAGUCGGCCGACAUGGACACCUACCUAGGUGGCUACAUCGACCUACAGGUGGAAGGGUGCAAGCCGCCGCCGCAGCCGCCGCCAGCGCAGUCGUGGAGCGUGCACUCAACCAGCGGGCCGCUGCCGCGCCACGCGCCGCUACCGUUCGGCUUCGGCGGCACCGAGCCGUUCAACUUCGCCGACCCGUACGAGCUGGACAUCGAGCUGUUCGCCGACACGAAGCCGACGGUAAGCGCCGGCGGCGGCCUGCUCACCGACAGCCACGACCUGUUCGGGCUGGAGCAGCUGCUGCAGCCGACGGGCACGGCGGCCGCCGGCGGCCCGCAGGCGGAGCUCUCGCACCAGACGGUCGUCGACGCGCUCGGCGAGGCGACUGCGCUGCCGGCGCUCUCCGAGCCGGUCGUGUCGUCCUGCCUGGCCGACGCCGUGUACGACGGCAAGUUCCUGGUGACGGGGCCGCACGGCGGCGCGGCGCCGCCGCAGCCGCAGCUGGCCGUGCAGCCGGCGCAGCAGCCCGAGUCGUCGACUGCGCAGCUGUCGCCCGCCUCGCCGGCGACGCACGGCGGCCGGUGCUCGCCCACCUCGCCCGGGUCGUCCAGCGGCGACCAGAUGGCCGAGGGCAUGCCUGCGCUCGACAUCCGCGUCAGCAUACUGCAGCAGCGGAUGGGACUGCCAGAUUCGCAUAGCUUCGAGUUCGUGAACGGCGGACACGGCAUCAAGAACCCGCUGAUCAACGAGCGAGACCUGGAAGUGGAGAAGCUGCCACCUAUCAUUGUCGAGGACGACCCCAAGACCUACAUGUGCCGCCUCUGCUCCAAGAAGUUCACUCUGCAGCGGCUGCUGAACCGGCACAUGAAGUGCCACUCGGACGUCAAGCGCUACCUCUGCACCUUCUGCGGCAAGGGCUUCAACGACACCUUCGACCUGAAGAGGCACACUCGCACCCACACCGGUGUACGGCCCUACCGGUGCGUCAUGUGCGAGAAGUCGUUCACGCAGCGCUGCUCGCUCGAGUCGCACUGCCUGAAGGUGCACGGCGUACAGCACCAGUACAACUACAAGGAGCGGCGCAACAAAGUCUACGUGUGCGAGGAGUGCGGCAACACCACCAUCGAGCCUGAGGCGCACUACUUCCACCUCAAGGACAACCACCCCAACAGCCCUGCGCUGCUCAAGUUCUACGACAAGCGGCACUUUAAGUUCCACAGCAAUUUCGCCUCGAUGCUGCUGCAAGCGCGAUCGUAACUGCGGCCGUGGCCGCCAGGGGCGCUGGUGUGCGCGCUCCGGCCGGCAGCCCGGCUCAGCGGGCAGCGCCCCUGUAGCGUGAGUGACUGGACCAUGACAGCGCCGCUCCCAGCGGGAGCGGGCGGCUGCGUGCAGCACGUGGAGCGGCGGCAAUAUUUGCACAUAACUGGCUGUUUUAUAUCUAUUUACCUGGCGAGGUAGCUCGCAGUCUGUACAGCACCGUUCGAGGCAUUGUCUGAGUGGCGCGGGUGGCGACUAGUGACCUGUUGUAGGGUGCGCGCGCGCGCGUGUGUCGAAUGCGAGCUGUGCGAGUGCCGGCGGCGCGUGCUGGGCGUCUGCCGGAUCAUACCAAACGUCUCGCGGGUUGUGAGCGGCUGCCAGCCGCGUCGGGGCGGCCGCGGUACAGCGAGAGGGACUUCAGCCGGGGCAUUUCUCGACGGUGGAUGGCCGAUCGUGAGCGUGCGUGCGUGUAACGAGCCGCGCACGGUGCGAACUCUUUGUAAGUGGUCUAGGUAGCUAGCCGAUAGCGUCGCGCACGGCGACAAGACUGUGGCCUCCUCCUGUCCGUCUGUCCGGAAUUCGGCGGUGGACCGCCUCGGUAGCCAGCGCCGGCGGCCGACCGUCGCCACGGCAGCGGCGCGCGUGCUCCCAGACAGACCGUUCGUUCGCGAACAGCCCGUCGGCCGGCGCACGUGCCGUGCCCGUCCCGUCGCCGAGCCGGCCGGCGCCGCUCUCC